GCAUCAAGUUGUAUCAUUUGGAUUCACAGUUUCACACUCCACGCUCACAUGGUCCCCGUGUAUAAAAAUCCAGACCCAUGUGCCUUUCCUUCUCUUUCACCUACCUCCAAUUUAAACUACGAUAAACUCCCAACUCAACCCUCUCCACGAACUCCAACCCCUUCCCCUUCACGCCAUGACCCGGCCACCGCUUCUUCCUCCAUGUUGGCUGUAGCCAUCGGCUCAUGGCUCCGCUCGAGACGGAGCCGAUACUUGUUUCUCUUACUCUGUUCACCCCUUCUCCUCCCUCUCCUCUGCGCGUGUUUCCCCUUUCUGUGCGCCGCCGAAGUAUUUAUCAGAUUCUGGAGAAGAAGAAAACGUCAAGAUGAAGAGAGGCUACGGCGAUGUGAAGAGGGUUGCUGUGGAUGUGAAUUUGAGGAUGAAAGGGAAGUGGGUUUGUUACAACGGUACUUGGAAGAUCAGUUGAUGCUUGUUGGAUCUAUGUACGAUUGUGAUGUUGGUGAUGAUGCUGAUGAUCACGGCGAUUAUACGGUUCCUCUUUUGAGUUGAGGUUUAUUUCUUUAUUAUUAUUAUUAUUAUUAUUAUUAUCAUUUUUGUGUGAAAAUUUGGUAAAACACUGGAAUUGUAAAACAGGAAAGUUUAAUCUUAGUUUUAUGUUAGAAAUACUUGAUUAAUUAUUGUCAAA